AUGGGACACGCUAUAUCAACUUGUAUGGAAUUUACAUUCGACCAUUCUUCCUCUGCCUCCACUUUGCCAGAUCAAGAGGAGCCACCUAAAUCUGUCUUUACAAACAGUGAUUCAAUAGAAGAAAUAAUGUAUUUGCAUCAUGUCGUAUUGAAACAUUAUUGGGGACAAAACUAUGUCAGUCCGGUUGUGUUGAGUAGUGAUAACGAAACGAAGCCGAAGCAAGUACUGGACCUUGGCUGCGUUACAGGCUUGUGGACCGUUGAGAUGGCUUCGAUUUCACCGACAACCAAUUUCGUCGGCGUUAAUCCGUUUUCCAUUUUCCCAAAGUCAGCACCGUCAAAUGUCUCGUUUUAUCAGCAAAACAUUUUAAAUGGUCUUCAAUUCGAUGACAAUUCAUUCGAUUUUAUACAUGAACGACUAUCGUUGUCCGACUUUACAAAAAAACAAUGGGAAGACACUGUUCUACAUGAAAUUGUUCGAGUAUGUAAGCCCGGAGGAUGGAUCGAGUUACUCGAGUCGGACGCCUGCAUUUGCGAUAAGGGAAAAGUAUUGAGAAGAAUUGGACGAUCUUGUAAAAAGUUAUUUUUAUCAAAAGGUCUGGUUCCAAAUUUGGGUCAAUUUCUCCAAACCCUACUUCGUAGCAACCCACAGUUGACUGAUGUACACUAUAUUGAAAAUGAUAUGCCAUUAGGGAAAAGACAUGGCAAAUUUGGGGAGCUGGCAGUUAGGGAUUUAAUGCUGUCAUGGAAUGCCAUAAAGAUUCCCCUUUCUCAAAUAAUGGGCAUAGCACCCGAACAUUUUGAAGCAAUUUUAGAAGCAUUUAUCAACGAAGUCAACGUACAAGAUUUAUAUUGGAGGACAUACAGAGUUAUUGCAAGAAAAAAAACCCUAGACGAAAUGAACGAACGUUUGUGA